AGCUGUUUUCUGCUCCCUACAUUCUUCGUCCGAUGAGAAUUGUUCAUCAUCCUACUUCGCAAAUGCUGAUGUUUUACUCGCUUUUCUUUCAGAAGACAGCUUGGAGUCUAAAUUCGAGGCAGAUUCGUUCAAGAGGUUUGAAUUGUUGUUGAAAAAAACUGAAAACUUCUCACACUGUUUGAGUGCUGGUGACGUGGCCGCGUAUAAAGCAGGUUCUCCCCAGAAGAAAAAGCGUGGAAGAAAUGCAAAAACUGGAGUAGAUGGUGACCACAGGCACAGAAAAACCGAGCAGGAAGAAGAUGAAGAAAUGGCUGAGGCCGCUCGAAAAGAAGAUGAUAUCAUGGUAUUCGACAAAAAUCCCUUCUACAUUCAGAAUGGAGAGCUGAGGGACUAUCAAAUUCGUGGUCUGAACUGGCUGAUUUCUCUGCAGCAUAAUGGGAUUAACGGAAUUCUCGCUGAUGAAAUGGGUUUGGGGAAGACGCUGCAAACAAUAUCAUUGCUUGGAUAUAUGAAGCACUACAAGAACAUGGCCGGUCCACAUCUGGUCAUUGUUCCAAAGUCAACGCUGAAGAACUGGAUGAACGAAUUUGCUAAAUGGUGUCCCAGCAUCACUACGUGUUGUGUAAUAGGUGAUGAAAAAGAAAGAAACGAAGUGAUCCAUAACGUCAUCUUGCCUCAAAAAUUCGAUGUGUGCUGCACAACAUAUGAAAUGGUACUAAAAGUGAAAACUCAGCUCAAAAAAUUGGUUUGGAAGUACAUUAUUAUCGAUGAGGCUCAUAGGAUCAAAAAUGAGAAGUCCAAGCUUUCUGAAGUUGUUCGUGAGAUCAAGUCGAAAAAUCGCCUCCUGAUUACUGGAACUCCGUUGCAAAAUAAUCUUCAUGAGCUGUGGUCAUUACUUAAUUUCCUACUUCCGGAUAUGUUUUCGUCCUCGGAAGACUUUGAUUCUUGGUUCACUGAUGGAAGUAUGCAGGGCAAUGUUCUUCAGCCAUUCCUUCUUCGUCGUAUUAAAUCUGAUGUGGAAAAGGGUCUCCUUCCAAAGAAAGAAGUUAAAAUUUAUGUGGGUUUGUCGAAAAUGCAACGUGAAUGGUACACAAAAGUUCUUAUGAAGGAUAUUGACGUUAUUAAUGGUGCUGGCAAAGUUGAAAAAGCGAGAUUGAUGAAUAUUCUUAUGCAUUUACGCAAAGCAGCUAACCAUCCGUACCUCUUCGAUGGGGCAGAACCUGGUCCACCUUAUACUACCGAUCAGCAUCUUGUUGAUAACAGUGGAAAGAUGGUUGUGUUGGACAAGCUUCUUUUAAAGCUUAAACAGCAAGGAUCUCGUGUUCUCAUUUUCUCUCAAUUUUCAAGAAUUCUCGACCUAUUGGAGGAUUACUGUUGGUGGAAGCAAUAUCAGUACUGUCGUCUAGAUGGUAACACUGCUCAUAUUGAUAGACAAGAAGCUAUCGAUGCUUAUAAUGCUCCAAAUUCCGAGAAGUUCAUCUUUAUGCUAACGACAAGAGCUGGGGGUCUUGGUAUCAACUUAGCUACUGCAGAUGUAGUUAUCAUAUACGAUUCAGACUGGAAUCCCCAAAGUGAUUUACAGGCAAUGGAUCGGGCUCAUCGGAUUGGACAGAAGAAGCAGGUUCGUGUUUUCCGUCUGAUAACAGAAAACACUGUUGAUGAACGCAUUAUUGAAAGAGCGGAAGUGAAGCUUAGAUUAGAUUCCAUAGUUAUUCAACAAGGUAGAAUAGCAGAAGCACAAAAAACUCUCGGCAAAGACGAUAUGAUAAACAUGAUUCGGCAUGGAGCAGAGUUGGUAUUUGCUUCAAAAGAUUCUACCAUCACGGACGAAGAUAUAGACACCAUUCUUGAACGGGCGGAGGUAAAAACAGCUGAGUUAAAUGCGAAGAUGGAAGAGCUCGGCGAAAACAGUUUGCGUUAUCUCACCUUCGACAAUAGCAAAUCUUUAAGUUUUCCAUUUAUAACUGUUUAUAACUUCGAAGGGGAGAAUUGGAAAGAUAAACAAAAUGAAGGUAUGGGACAGUUCUGGAUCGAGCCACCAAAGCGUGAAAGGAAAGCAAACUAUCAGGUGGAUGCGUAUUUUCGUGAAGCAAUGCGUCAGGGUCAACCAGUGGAAAAGCAGUCGCGUGCUCCUCGUCCAAAACAACCGGCUGUGUUCGACUUCCAGUUCUACCCACCUCGUCUUAUGGAGCUCCUAGAUCGCGAAACGUAUCACUAUAGAAAGACCAUAGGAUAUAAGGCGGAAAAGCCAAAGGAAUGCGGUCCAAAGGAGGCUGAAAAGCGCCAAAAAGAGGAGCAGCGACUCAUUGAUACUGCAGAACCUUUAACGGAAGAAGAACAAGUUGAAAAGAAUGAACUCCUCACUCAUGGCCUGGCAAACUGGAGUAAACGAGACUUCACAGCUUUUAUCCGCGCGAAUGAAAAGUUCGGUCGUAAUGAUAUCGAUAACAUCGCAAAUGAAAUGAUUGAAACGAAGUCUCGAGACGAGGUUGAGUAUUACGCGAAGACGUUCUGGGAAAGAUUCGAAGAGUUGCAAGAUCACGAAAAAAUCCUUGCUCAGAUCGAGAAGGGAGAGGCUCGAAUUCAACGUCGGCAAUCUGUUAAACGUGCCUUAGAUGCUAAAAUCGCUAAAUAUAAGGCUCCUUUUCAUCAACUGCGGAUUGCUUACGGUACAAAUAAGGGUAAAACGUAUACAGAAGAGGAAGACAGAUUCCUUGUAUGUGAACUGCAUCGCCUCGGAUUUGACAAAGAGACAGUUUACGAAGAGCUAAGGCAAUCUGUUCGAAUGGCUCCACAAUUCAGAUUCGAUUGGUUCAUAAAGAGCAGAACUGCUAUGGAACUUCAACGUCGUUGUAAUACGUUGAUUACUCUUAUAGAAAAAGAAAUGGGUGAGACCGAAGUGAAACACCGUACGAGGAAAGAUGCAAAAGAUAAACCAAAUAUUGGUCGACCGAAGGCAAACAAGUAG